UUUUCUCUCUCUUCAAUCCAUCGAUCAAUCAAUCAAUCGCCAUUAAUAUCAAGCUCCAUUCCAAAUCAAUGGCGGAUAAGAAGAAGCCGAUGACAAAUCUCGCCGGCGCACGGCGACAAUCGAGUCGAUUGCAGCGUCAAGCGCCGGCUUCGUUACAGAUUAAUCCGAUCUCCGAUUGGAACGUCGCGAUUCCUCUUCUAUCUCCUCUCGUUACAUCACCUGAAUCAUCACGAGAUUGGACGACGCUUGAGAUGAAGAAAUCAUCAUCAUCUUCCUCCGCUGUUCACCAAACAAAGGAUCUGGAGAAGACACCGACGACGGUAUUUAAGAAGUGGCAUCAUCCUGCAUCUCCGUUCUGCUAUGAGUCUGCUCCUACUCCUCAUUUGAUGCCGUUUAUCGUUGAUAAUCGAUCAUAGCUAUGGUUUGAUUUUGUUUCUUUAAAUGUUAUAUUCUGAUUGAUUUAUAUAUAUCUAUCUCUGCAAUUUGGGAAUGGAAAAAAUCAAUUUUGUGUACAGAGGAAUGGAUUUUGGAUGUGAAAUCAAUCAUGAACAUGAUCAAUUACUUGAA